UAAAAGCGCAGCAGCAGCAGCAGUGGACCUCUCUCUCUCUCUCUCUCUCUCUAUGCUGUUUGGUCAGCGCGUGCACCGGCUGCCUGGAGACAUGACGCACCGUGGACACUUUUUGAACCGUUUCCAUGCUGUCGUGUUAUGAUACUGAGUGAGUGAUGGGGAGGCGCACAUGGAGGAGCAGCGAUGUCCUCGUCGUCCUGCUGCUGCUCGUCCUGUGCCGGGGUCGCGCCGGUGCCGCCACUCUGGAGUCCAUCCACUGGAGCAACUCUAACCCACAAUUUGCUCCAGGUCAGGGUCUGGUCCUGUAUCCUCAGAUCGGGGACAAGAUGGACAUCGUUUGUCCUCGGUCAGACGCCUCCUCCGGCGGGAAAGAGGAGUUCUACAGGGUUUACCUGGUCUCCAGGAGCCAGAUUGAGAGCUGCACCGUGGAUAAAAUGGACACGCCCCUGCUGAACUGUGACAAGCCUCACCGGGACGUCAAGUUCACGUUCAAGUUUCAGGAGUUCAGCCCCAACCUGUGGGGUCUGGAGUUCCUCAAGGGGAGGGACUAUUAUAUCACCUCCACAUCCACAGGUUCUCUGCGGGGUCUGGACAACACUAACGGAGGAGCGUGUCGAACACAAUCCAUGAAGCUGGUGCUGAGAGUCGGCCAAAACUCCUCGGAUCCUCCUUCCACGCUGCAGGAGUCUCCCACCAGAUUCCCGCCCAUGAGACCAAAGUCAAAGGAUUCUUCUGUGAAAGAACACGAUGCAGGACAGACGAACCCCAGUGACUCUGAGACGCGGCGGCUCGUGUGGAUUCUCUCCGCCGGCGCGCUCGUCCUCCUGCUCGCCGUCGUCGCGCUGGUUCUGCUUUGGAGGCACCGGCGGCGCCAAUGCGUCCCGGGGGGCCAGCGGUCGGCCUCCGUGUCGCUCAACACUCUGGCCGCGCCCAAGCGGGACAGCGUCAGCAGCGACAACAACGGCUCGGACCGCAGCGACGUCGUCUUCCCGCUGCGGCCGUCUGAGGGCAUGAUCUGCCGACACUACGAGCGCGUGAGCAGCGGCGACUACGGGCCGCCCGUGUACAUAGUUCAGGAGGUCACGCCCACGUCGACGCCCACCAACAUUUACUACAAAGUUUAAAUGUCAGAGGUCAUGAUUUCCACAUGACUACGUUUUCAUUUUUCCAUUUUAAAGAACUGUGGUUCCCAAAGACUGGGUCGGGACCCACAGAUGACGUCACAUUUUAGUAUCGGCUCGGCUCGCUUGGAAUUCUCCAGAGUAGGGACUAAAAAAAGUACCAAGAAUCAGAUAGUUUCACUAAUGGAAAAGCAAAAUAAACGAGUAGAGUCGAGCCGAGUCGUGCUAUAACUGUGUAAUGAAAAGCGCCAUUACUAAAGAUUUAUGUGUAUAUGUUUUUCAGGCAGCCCGGGGCCCAAGUGGAAGUGAAUCUGGCUUGUAAGCAGAGGGUCUCCGAUUCAAAUACCAAGACAGAUUAAGGACUAGGGUGCCCCUGAGCGAGGUACCCAACCACCUUUGUGUGUGUUCACUGCUGGUGUGUAAAAAAAUAAUUGAUUAAAUGCAGAAAAAUAAAUAACUUCUCAUUACCGUAACUCCUGGACCGUUUGUGAUGGACUCAGAAAUGUGUCCAGGGUGUGACCUCCGCCUUUCGCCCUAUGUCAGCUGAGAUGGUACAAGUGGUAGAAGAUGGAUGGAUGGAUACGGGAAAGCAGAGGAAUAGAGCUUUGCGCCCAUAUACUUGUCAUUACGGUAGAACCUCAGGAUUCCGCGCAACGAGCGAUUGAAUAACUGCCAAAUAUCGAAAGUGAAAAAACACCCACUCAUAGAACAGCCAUAAAAUCAAAAAUAAAUCCAGGCAUCAACACAGGGAUGGUUUUGUUGUAUAUUUACGGGGUUUGAUUGGCAGAA